GAAGCCCAGGCUCAGUCCCCUCAGUCCCCCCAGUCACCGUCAGAGGAGUGGAGAAGUCUUAGUGGGGGAAAGUGAGACUAACCAGAGAAGAAAAACACUUUUAAACUGUUUUUGCCUCUGGAGAACGGUAAGAGCUUGGGUGGAAGAUCCAACAUGGCAGUUGCCAGCAAGUCCAUGCCUGGCUCCACUAUCAGCCCCACUCUGGGGUUUGAUGACUACACUCUCUACAGCAACCUGUCAGAUGACGAGCUGAUGCAGCUGGCUAUCGAACGCAGCCUUAGUGAUCCCCACAAUGCCACUUCACUGGGUGAAGCCAGCAAGACCUCCACAGCUCUAGGCAGAAGAACAGUCCAGUUCAGGGCAAAUCCACCCACAACUACACCGAACCCAUCAAAUCCACCUAGGGAGGACCCAAGCCAUAGGCCGCCUACUGCCAACCCACCUGAUGCCAGGAGAAGGACAUGUGAAGAAAGAAGGAAAUGUGGAGACAUUGUGGUGACUCAUUUUGUAACUGGCAAUGGAAAGCGCAUGCUGGCAUAUCACAGAGGCGAUGGCUCCAUUCAGUACGUGCCAGACACAGAAAAGGAACAGGACCCUAUUGUGAAAGCCAUCCUGAAUGGUGAUGUGACUACGGUACGAGCUAUGGCUAGAAACAGCGGGAAUAACAUACUGCGGCCUGACAAGUAUGGAUGGAUCCCGCUGCACGAGGCUGCAUAUUAUGGCCAAGACCAGUGUGUCAGAGUUCUUCUUGGGGCUCAACCUGGUGUGAUUAACAUGUGCGACCUGAAAGGCCGGACCGCUCUCAUCUUGGCAGUGGAAAGCGAAAAGGUGGCCUGUGUAGAGGCACUUCUGGAGAUGGGGGCUGACCCAGACCUUGCCAACAAGGAGAGAGAGAGCCCCCUCUACAAAGGUUGUGAAAUGGACAAUGCCGAGAUUGUGGCCAUGCUUCUGAAUCACGGUGCUAUGGUGAACAAAUCCUCCACCCAGGGCUGGACAGCUCUCCUAGAGGCUGUGAGCCGCAACAACGUUGAGAUCUGUGAGAUGUUAGUCCGGAGCGGGGCUAAGCUCAACCCAACCGACAUGUACGGUAUCACACCACUUUCUACUGCAGCCCAGAAUGGACAUGUGGAAACACUUCGAUUUCUUAUUAAACACGGUGCUGAUGUCAAUAGUGAGGCAAGUGAUGGGUCCACAGCUCUGUAUGAGGCGGCUAAGAAUGGCCAUGAGGACAUUGUGGAGAUUCUUCUUUCUCAGAAAGCUGUCGCAAACAAAGUGGGAAAGAAAGGACUUCUGCCACUACAUAUCGCUGCCCAACAAGGAAAUGCCGGUAUCGUGUCGUUGCUGAUCAAAGCCACCAGCAAGUCCAGAGUGAAACGCAGUGGCAUCAGUCCCCUCCACCUGGCCGCCGAGUACAAUUGGGAUGAAGUCCUGGAGGUCCUGAUCAAGGCCGGCUACGAUGUCAAUGCCGUGCUGUCGGAGGAACGCUCCAGGAUGUAUGAGGACCAUCGUAGAACAGCGCUCUACUUCGCCGUCACCAACGGCAACGUGGACACGACCACCAUGCUUCUAGAAGCCGGUGCCAACCCAAACCUGGACACAUUCAACCCGCUACUUGUGGCCAUGAGGCAAGGUAGUAUCGAAUUGGUCACUUUGCUGGUGGAGCACAUGGCCAACGUCAAUGCCUACAUCCCCACUCACCCCACCUCAUUCCCGGCCACCGUCAUGUUCAGUAUGAAGUAUCUGUCCAUGCUGAAGUAUCUGAUGGACAACGGUUGCGAUGCCCUCUCCUGUUUUAGUUGCACUUACAGCAGUGGUCCACACCCACCCCUUCAGGAGACCUCUGAGAGAGAUGGCUACAAUACCGAUAUGCGCAGAAAUACCGGGGAACCUGUUCAGUUUUGUGAGAUAAUCUCUACUCGGGCAAUAAGCCGCUGGGCAGGACCCAUCAUAGACGUACUCCUGGAUUACGUUGGCCAGGUGAAACUCUGCUCCAGACUCACUGAACACCUAGAUAGCUUCAAGAACUGGGAAGUCAUCAAGGAGAAAGCAACGCCACCACGUCCACUGAUGCAGCUGUGCAGGCUGAAGAUCCGCCAGAAAGUUGGGAUCCACAGACUGAGGUGCAUCAACAAACUGCCCCUCCCACAACAACUGAUCAAGUACCUCAACCAUGAAGAGUGCAACCAAGAACAGUUUGGUGAAUACUAAUGUGUAAAAUCAUAGUCAAAGUAAGAGACAACAGAGGGAAUACAGCACAAAAUCGCUUCACAUGUUCAUUGUUUUUAGUGUGAUAUUUGAGCAAUAAUAGAGUUCACAAUUAAACUUUAAGACCAGACUAAGGUAGACUUACCAACGUCGGUAAGUGUGUGUGCUUGCACUUCACUUCAGACAAACUCCUCAUGAGGGUGCCAAAUGACUUCACAGAGGAUGGGCCAUGAAUGAAGUUCUUUUGACACCACCAUUCCUCUUGCCCUCUAGCAUUGGACUGAACUACUACUGUACCACAUAACCCAACCUAGUGCAUUAUUCAUGCAAUGUACUGUCCAUGUUAUGAUGGCUCACAUUUUACAACAUAUAAUAAUCUACAAUGUUGUCUCUUGGAUUGUUGUUCAAUUACAUUAUGACCAUUAAUUGGAUUGUGAAUUAUCACAAACAUCCAUAUGGUAGAGGCAGCUGUUUUAGUCUUGAAAUAGGUCUAUAGCUAUUCUGUAUCCAUGACUGAACUGCAUUGGUCAGUAUUAAAAACAUAGUAUGUAAUUGCAAAACCUGUCAAGGCAAUGGAAACUACUUGCCAACAAUGUUGAUUGACAGAUGAAUGCCUUUUCUGUAGAAUUCAUCACUUGAUCUGUAAGAUGUGUGGGAAUCUGGUUCCACUUCUAGCAGAGUGGUCCACUCUGUCCAAACUGAGGAACGCCACAGAAGAUGACUUUGUUAGACUGGGGUGCUAUCUUUAGCUCACAGCUCAUUUGAACUGUGUAGUGAAAACUCAAAAGCAGAGAGAAGGUGGAUCUUUUGAGAAGUAUUUCUUACUCUAACCUAAGAAAAUAUGCUUUUUAAAAAAUAUACAUGCAUUUUGAUUUAUUGUUUGUAAAUCCUGCUCUGUGAUUUUCCCCAGUGAAUUUUUUGCUGCUGUUUGGUGUUACUUGAGUGUAAAACAUGUAUUUUCAAAGUUCACAUUUAUAUGUAUGGACUGUUAUGUGCAACAUCCUAAUUAGGCUGCACUAAAAGUAAAUGUAGAGAUUAUCAUUAUUUGAAUGACAAGUCAUCUUUGAGCUAUAAUCCAUCUAUGAUGAUGCUGCAAUUAGCCUUACUCCAUCUUCAUACACCAAAUGAUUGUUGUUUGACUGCACCUGUUUCCCAUUUUCCUAAAAUGAAAAUUACACCACUUUUCAGCCUCAUAUUUAGCACAGUUUCUACAUUCUGAAGAUUAACCCUUGUGUGGGUUAACAUUUUCAAUGUUUACUAAAAGAAAAAUGAUAGAAUGAAUACAUUUUAAACCUGAGA